UCUACACUAAAUUCACUAAGAACAUCAUCUGAUAUCUCACUAUCAGACGAAGUGUUAGAUGAGGACGAAUCCUCAUCUUCAAGCAUCAAGCAGGAUGGUUCAGCGAAGGUUGCGCAGCCGUCGACGCGUUUAGCGAUUCCGCAGAGAAAUUCUGGUCCCGGUGUUCUUGCUGGUCCAAAAUGGAAAGCCUGGUCGGAGACGAUUCAAUCUGCCAGAAACGCAGGAAGGGAGGAGUUGGCCCAAAUAAUAGGCACUUCGGCAAACAAAUCUCUAGCGCCAGGAACAAUUGCAGCCUACUCCUCUAUGAGGAGACGUUUCGACGAGUUCACUACCACACUCGCCAUUGAAAGGACGCACUUAGGAAAACUUCGGAACCUUUUCUUGGCCCAUCUUAUCAACCAGAACCAGCUCAAAAUUCUCUCCACAGCGGUCGCCUCUCUGAAUUUCUUCUAUGGCCACUUGGAAGACGGAGAAGCGGAAUUGCAGAAGCUUCUGAUGGAUUCGGCUAAGAAGGAGGCCCCCGCUGUGAUGCACAAGGAGAAGGCCUCCGAAGAGGACGUCGAUAAGAUGGUCGAGUGGGCCCUGAAUACAGCCAAAGCAACAGAAGACUGUUGCAUUAUUUUGCUUUCGUACUUAGCCUUCCUGCGGAUAAGCGAAACGGCGGCGAGCAAAAGAGGUACGGAAGUGGCUUUCAAAGUGCAAGGAAGACGCGCAGUUCUUUGGAACAAGUUCGUCGCGCUGAUAGCCGACAAAUCCCCCCACCAAUUCAUUUUUUCACCAAAGUUUGCACAUCAACCGUCCACCGAUUCUCUCCGAAAACGUAUAGACAAUGUCCUCCAAGGAGCGGGGUUGCUUCAUAAGGGCUUUACAUCGCAUUCCUUCCGAGGAGGUGCAGCAACAGCCGCUCUGAGAAGAGGAGUUAGCUGUGAGGACAUAAGAAGAGUGGGACGUUGGAAGGCUUCGACCUCUAUGCUGCACUACCUAGACCCAACACCCAUAUGA